AUGUCCAUAAACGAGGAUGAUGUGAAGAAUGAUUCUGAUAAUGAUUUGGGUGAUGAUUUCGAUUAUCAACCGAAUGCAGAAGACGAUGCUGAAGACGACGAUGUGGAUUCGCUGGAUUCUACUAGCAAGAGUGAAGAAGUUUGUGGUGUAAAAAGAAUAGCAGAUUUAAUGGUGGAGGAUAUUUGGAACCUGGAGUUUAGGACAGAGGAUGAGUCCUGCCAGUUUUAUAACGCUUAUUCUUGUUGGCAUGGAUUUGUAAUGAGGAAGGACGACGUGGUUAGGGAUAAUCAAGGUAGAAUCAUUAGUAGGCAACUUGUUUGCAACAAAGAGGGCUGGAGGAAUAUGAGGUAUCUCGAUCUGAAUGAUAGAUCAAGGGAGGCAAUGUCACUAACGCGAACCAAGUGUCCAGCUUGGCUUAGGGUAAAGCUUGACUACGGCUGCGGUAGAUGGAAAGUAUCAUGUUUUGUCGAAUCUCACAACCACGAUCUGACGCCACCCCAAUUUGCGCAUCUGGUUCCGGCCAAUCGUCGUCUCACUGUCACCGAUAAAGUCCAAGUGGAAAAUCUUCAUAAUUUUGGUGUCAAGACCUGCCAUAUUAUGGGGUAUAUUGCGUUCCAGAAGGGUGGAUAUCGUCAUGCUGGCUUCACACGCAAAGAUUUGUACAACCACAUUGAUCGUUAUCGUCGGUCAAAGGUUAAAAACGGGGAUGCCAAUGCGGCAAUAAACUAUUUGAUUAGCAAGUCAAACAACGAUCCGCUGUUCUUUGGAAAGUAUACGUUCACUAGUGACGAAAGGCUCGAGCAUAUUUUUUGGGCAGAUGGACAGUCAAUUAUCGACUAUCACUGCUUUGGAGAUAUUGUUGCCUUUGAUUCAACCUACAAGAAGAAUAAAUACAACAAGCCUUUGGUCAUUUUCUCUGGAUGCAAUCAUCACGGGCAGACUGUUAUCUUCGGCUCCGGCCUACUAUCCGACGAAACCACAGAGACGUAUAAGUGGUUGUUGGAAACCUUUAUUGAAGCGAUGGGUGGGAAAAGUCCAAAAGCAGUAAUAACUAACGGAGACCUUGCCAUGCGAGAUGCAAUCAAGAAUGUUCUGCCUGAUGCGACCCAUCGGUUAUGCGGAUGGCAUCUGCAGAGAAAUGCAUGUGAAAAUAUAAAGAAUCCUAAUUUUCUGCGCGAUUUUAAGGGUCUUAUAUACGACAACAACGACCAGAGAGACUUUGAUCGGAGAUGGGCAGCCAUUUUGGAUAAGCACAACCUUGUUGGCAGUACCUGGAUGGAAAAGACGUACAAAACUCGUGAGAUGUGGUCCCAUUGUUUCCUCCGGGAUAAGUUUUUCGGUUACAUAAGGACGACAUCACAGUGUGAAGGUAUAAAUUCUCUCAUCAGAUUUUAUGUUAAUCGCAAGAACACCCUCAUUGACUUCAUGCAUAACCUGGAUAGGGCCUUAAAGGAGUAUAGAAACAACGAAUUAAUAGCUGACUUUAAGUCUCAGUGCUCAGAGCCAGUGAUGAUUACCUCGUUGGAGUCACGCAAACAAGGCAAGUCAACUCCUAAUGUUAACGUGGAAGGCAUCAACGAUCCCUUUGUUGUCAAAAGCAAAGGAGCCCCUUCCAAGAGGUCUUAUUGGAGGAAGAAGAGAGCAUGCUCUAAUUGCCACAAGUACGGUCAUUACUACAAGCACUGUCCAGAUCUGAUGCAGCAUAGUGUGGAAGGUAACCCUCGCGAUCGAUCAUACGGCAAUGCAUCAGCCAAGGACUCAGGUUUUAGUCCAGAAAGGUUUGCUAAUUCUUCGAGGUUGUUCUCAAUUAAGUCCGAACACCACUCAGGACCUAAUACCAAGCCUUUUAAAAAGGGUGGAACAAGGAAGUUUACGGCGACGGGUAUGAGGAACCGGAAGGGUAAAGACAACACUUUUGUUGAGCGGAGCCUCCAUGAAAGCAGCGAAUCCAUUGACAUCGCAUCCACGAAUGGUGUUUUCAAUAAAAAUCUCGACUCGUUAACACAGGUGAAGGAGUCACAGCAGGACAAGAGACAUUCAUUUACGAACUAUGAAUGCGAUAAUGAUGUCAUUGAUGAUAAACGUGACACACGACAUGUGCAGAUCGAUGUCUGA